AUGUUACGACAAUCGCGAUAUGCGACACGGCGCAUCGCUAAUAGCGCCACGAGAACUACAAUAGUCCGACACACCUCGCCAGCUGCCGCAAGUAUACAGCCCAUAGUCAAGUUUACACCGCGAUACUUCGCACCACUCGCGUGUCAUCGCGGAUAUGCCAAUGGCCGACCUCACCCCCCGGGCGGCACGCAUCGAAUGGAUCUUGGAGGGGGGGAGGAAAAGUCGGCGUUAGAGGAAUAUGGUGUCGACUUGACCGCUCGUGCGAGAGAUGGAAAGCUCGACCCGGUCAUUGGCAGAGAUGCAGAGAUCCAUCGGACCAUACAGGUGCUAUCAAGAAGGACGAAAAACAAUCCUGUUCUGAUUGGAAACGCUGGGACGGGUAAGACUGCCGUACUUGAAGGUCUGGCGCAGAGGAUUGUGAGGGGGGAUGUUCCAGAAAGCAUUAAGAACAAGCGUGUCAUAUCUCUGGAUCUUGGUCAGUUGAUCGCCGGGGCUAAGUUUAGAGGAGACUUCGAGGAGAGAUUAAAGAAGGUGCUCAAGGAAGUGGGAGACGCCCACGGAGGAGUCAUACUAUUUGUAGACGAGCUCCAUAUCCUGCUCGGGCUCGGAAAGGCAGAAGGCAGUAUCGAUGCUAGUAACCUUCUCAAGCCAGCACUUUCUCGAGGCGAGCUCCAGUGUUGUGGCGCUACAACCUUAAACGAAUACAGGGCCAUCGAGAAAGACGUAGCUCUAGCCAGGAGAUUUCAGCCUAUCCUGGUCAACGAACCGACCAUUCAAGACACCAUCAGUAUACUACGAGGUAUCAAGGAAAAGUACGAAGUCCACCAUGGUGUCAGAAUCACCGAUGGAGCGCUGGUUGCUGCUGCCACUUACAGCAACAGAUACAUUACAGAUCGCUUCCUACCAGACAAAGCCAUCGAUUUGAUGGAUGAAGCCGCCAGCGGCCUGAGACUGCAACAAGAGAGCAAGCCUGAGGAUAUCAUGCGCCUCGAUCAGCGUAUCAUGACUCUUCAGAUCGAGCUCGAGAGUCUUCGCAAAGAAACGGAUGUUGCAAGUAAGGAGAGACGGGAGAAAUUAGAGGCGGACCUCAAAGUAUGCCAGGAAGAGGCAAAAACCCUAACCCAGAAAUGGGAGGAGGAAAGAUCUGUGAUUGAAGGCGUCAAGAAGACAAAAGAAGACUUGGAGAAAGCAAGGGUUGAGUUGGAUCAGGCACAGCGCGAGAACAAUUUUGGACGAGCAGGAGAACUACGAUAUUCAGUUAUACCGAUGUUGGAAUCGAAAUUGCCAAAAGAAGGAGAAAGCGGUGCUACAUCUACCGAUGGAGGUUCGCUUAUCCACGACUCCGUCAAUGCAGACGACAUUGCUGCUGUGGUAUCACGUGUGACUGGAAUUCCAGUCACUAAACUCACAUCUGGUCAUGCUGAAAAGCUGAUCCACAUGGAGGACACUUUGCGCGAGUCGGUGAGAGGUCAGGAUGAGGCGCUUAAAGCUGUCGCGAACGCUGUCCGGAUGCAACGUGCCGGUUUGAAUGGAGAAAACAGACCUUUGGCAUCAUUCUUCUUCCUUGGCCCCACCGGCGUUGGUAAAACAGAACUGUGUAAAAAGAUGGCAAACUUUUUGUUCUCAACCGACUCCGCUGUCGUUCGUUUCGAUAUGAGCGAGUUCCAAGAGAAGCAUACUAUCUCACGACUCAUCGGUAGUCCUGCGGGAUAUGUUGGAUACGAUGAUGCAGGCCAGCUUACCGAGGCGAUUCGAAGAAAGCCAUAUGCGGUGCUACUGUUUGAUGAGUUUGAAAAAGCUCAUAAGGAUAUCUCUGCACUUCUUCUUCAAGUGCUGGACGAGGGUUUCUUGACCGAUGCUCAAGGUCAUAAGGUCGAUUUCCGCAACACCCUCAUUGUCUUCACAUCGAAUCUUGGAGCAGACAUUCUGGUUGGAAACAAUCCUCAACAUCCUUACCGCGAAGAGCCAGAUGGGGAAAUCAGUCCCGAGGUACGACAUGCAGUUCUCGAUGUCUUGCAGCAUAGUUUCAGCCCAGAGUUCAUAAACAGAGUGGACGAGAGUAUUAUUUUCAAGCGUCUCUCUCAUGAAGCCCUUCGAGACAUUGUCGAUAUUCGUCUGAAAGAACUCCAAAAGCGCCUCGAGGAUCGUCGUAUCACACUUCAUGUGGACGAUGAGGUUCGAGCUUGGUUAGCAGACCGCGGCUACGAUCCUAAAUACGGAGCUCGCCCUCUGAACCGACUGAUUUCCAAGCAGAUUGGUAACGGCCUAGCCGAUAAGAUUAUCAGAGGUGAAGUGAAAACCGGUGAUGAGGCAAUUGUGAAGAUCAACGCCCAAGCUGACGGACUGGACAUUAUGGCUAGAAAGCCAGCCGCCGUUUAG